CUUGUGUGGAGCCGGAGCCAGAGCCAGGCGAGCGGCCCUCGGCGCCUGUUCCUGACCUUCCUGCCGCCCCCGCCAGCCUCCCACCUCCUCCCAGACCGGGUGCCAGGGCGAGCCGCAGCAACAGCAGCGAGAGCCGCUGGCUUCCAGCGGGGGGGGGGCUCGGUGCGGACGGGGCCCGAGCGGCCCGGCGGCGGCUCCUCCUCCUCCUCCCUCCUUCCCCCGGGUUUAUGGUGCUGCGCUGGGGGAGGAUGAACGGAGGAUAAAUGGUGCCCAAAGCGGACAGCGGCACCUUCCUCCUCCUCUUCCUCCUGGUGCUGAGCAUCACCGAGCCGCUGCGGCCAGGUUCACGACUAGCUCUGGCAAGACUUCUUUCAGAGCUCCGCUGUACCCCAGGGCAGUUUGCAUGUCGCAGUGGUACCAUCCAGUGCAUCCCUUUGAACUGGCAGUGUGAUGGAUGGCCCACCUGUGAGGAUGAGAGUGAUGAAGUUGACUGUCCAGGCUUGACAGGGGACCAACGAUCUUAUCAUGGGAAAGAAAAUGUGGACUCCAGGCACAAUCGAGGAAGAGGAGGAGACACAACUCGCUUUCACACUGUCAAUGUGGCACAGCCUGUCCGGUUUAGCAGAAAGUGCCCAACAGGAUGGCAUCACUAUGAGGGCACAGCCAGUUGUUACAGGGUGUAUUUAAAUGGAGAGAACUACUGGGAUGCUGUGCAGACAUGUCAGAGGGUGAAUGGAUCGCUGGCCACUUUUACCACAGAUCAGGAGCUCAGGUUCAUCCUGGCCCAGGAGUGGGACCUAGAAGAGAGAGCCUUUGGAAGGAAGGACCAACGUAGGUUCUGGGUUGGAUAUCAGUAUGUCAUAACCAACCGAAAUCGUUCUCUAGAAGGUCACUGGGAGGUGGCUUAUAAAGGUUCCUCAGAAGUAUUCUUGCCUCCGGAUCCUAUCUUUGGUACGGCUAUGUCUGAAAAUGAAAACGUUCUUUGUGCCCAGCUUCAAUGUUUCCAUUUACCCACCCUUCGGCACCAUGGUUUACACAGCUGGUACGCUGAAAACUGCUAUGAGAAAUCUUCGUUCCUCUGCAAAAGGAGCCAGACCUGUGUUGAUAUCAAAGACAACAUUGUUGAUGAAGGCUACUAUUUCACCCCAAAAGGGGAUGACCCCUGUUUGAGCUGUACCUGUCACAAUGGGGAACCGGAGAUGUGUGUGGCAGCCCUGUGUGAACGGCCCCAGGGUUGUCAGCAGUAUCGCAAAGACCCAAAGGAGUGUUGCAAAUUUACAUGUUUAGACCCAGAUGGCAACAGUUUAUUUGACUCGAUGGCAAGUGGAAUGCGGCUGAUAGUAAGCUGCAUUUCCUCCUUCCUUAUCUUAUCUCUGCUGCUCUUCAUGGUCCACCGGCUGCGCCAGAGACGCAGAGAGCGCAUUGAGUCUUUGAUUGGAGUAAAUUUGCACCAUUUUAACUUGGGCCGCAGGAUGCCUGGUUUUGAUUAUGGUCCAGAUGGUUUUGGAACUGGCCUUACUCCACUGCAUCUUUCAGAUGAUGGGGAAGGCGGGGCAUUUCAUUUCCAUGACCCCCCACCACCCUAUACAGCUUACAAAUAUCCUGAUAUUCAGCAUCCUGAUGACCCGCCUCCUCCCUAUGAGGCUUCCAUCAAUCCAGACAGUAUCCUUUGUUCUACUCCAGAUGGCGUUCUCUCCCAGACAGUGCAGAGCAGUCAACCAUCACUAGGAAACAGUGAUUUAUCACCACGGCUUACUGAGGAAUCUCAUCCUCCCUCAGUUGGCCCUUCUUCCGUGGAACUAGAAGAUUCUGCAGAUAGUAGCACCUUCCUUGUACCUCCCGACACGCCCCUCAGCGAAAACACACCGUCAGAAACUCUUGCAGGAAGCCGCCACAGUCACUGUUCUCUUAAUACCAUUGUAUAAAGGAAUAAAAUGCUUACUGCUGGCAGAAAUAAUAUGAGCAACUGUUUACACACAGCUGUACAGGCAAACACUAAUCCAUGGGGUGAACUUCAGAAGGAAGCUCCACUUUGAUUUUGAGCACCCUGCUUUUAUGUUCUAGUAUAGGACUGUGCCUCUUGUUUUUGGCUGUCAUUUCAUUCACUAAUUAGUUUGUCCUGUAAAUACGGAUUGUUGAACCUGUGCUUUUUUUCCACUGGCUAUGGGAAAGAAGGUGCAGAGAAUUUUCUUUGACUUCUAAAGAGGAAAAAGCAUGGGUAGCUUUUUUCUUUUUUAAUCACAGAGCAGAAACAAAAAAAAUCGACAUCAGAAAAAAGCUUGUUUUGAAUUUGAAUACCGUGGGACCCAGGAAGUGGACACUGACAAGAAAAGAGGAGAAGGGGCAGUUGCCAUGUAAUCUGUUGUCUUUUGUGCUCUAGUGCUACACUCAUGGAAAAACUGGAGGAUGAAAAGGAUCAGCAUAACGUUUGAUUUCUUCUACUUUCUAUGGAAAUGGGUAUUGAGCAAAACAAAACUGGGAUUUGCAGUUACAACUUAUUUAUUUAUCUGUAGCUGCAAAUCUUGUACUGAGGGGUAAACUUCUGAUUCAUAAACAAGGAUGUGUCUAUAAUACUGGCAUCUCUUUAGUAGAGGCACAGCACGUGUUAGGUAGUGCUUUGGGGAAGAGAUGGGAAGGGAUUAACUCCCUAAUUGAUACUUCAGUCAUUUGAGAUUUUUUCCGUUGUGUUUAAACCUUUAAAUCAUCCCUUUCCAUUAAAUCUAGCUUCAUUUAAAUUAGCAAAACUAACUUGUGUACUACAACAUGAGGCUCUUGUCAAUCACUCACUAAACUUAACUUUCAAAUUAGGCAAAGAUGGAUUCUAUUGGCUUGGAUUUUAUGAAUAUUGAAUACUUUUUUUAGUUUGUGUUCUCAAAAUGAAGUGGGAUUUUAAUGUACACGGGAUUUCCUUUCUCUUCUACCCCAUCUUUCUUGCAUCUGAUUCUCCCUGACUUACUGUAGCAGUCCCCACAGUCAGAGCAGAUCAAGUUAGUCAUAUAAGGAAUUUGUACUGAACACUUCUCAUGAGUGUUGUCCUGUUGCCUUAUGAAAGGUAGCAAGCCUAGAGGGACAGGAAGAAAGCACUGCAUGGGAAGGGUAUUGUGCUGUUUUGGUUAAUUUUGCUAGUUACAGAGAAACAGUACAGGAUUGAUUAAUGGGAUCCUAUCCCAGCAAUGUGCUUUCCCAGCGUAGCUGACUUUCCCCUCCAUUGUAAAUGCUGCUACUUUCUAUUUGGUAUCUUGCUAUCUGCCCUAUUGUACUUGGGGAGUGGCUUGAUAGUUCAGCCUGUUCGCACAAAACACCUGAUUUUCAUCAUCCAGGUUGUAUUUAGUGUCUCUUGAAAUUCAGGCACUUGCUAACAAUCUUAAACCCCUUGGAGUGUAUAAAACAGCUCUCACAUGUGCUGCUAAUGCAGGUGUGAGUGCAUUAGGAAGCACUGUUAGAAAAGCCCCUCCACUUGGGGAAUCUUGUAAACAUGGCCUGUUACCAUUCACUGUUUAACUUAUAAUCUGUUUUAAAAUGAGUGGCACAGUUCUCCACCCAAUGGAGUCAUUGCCAGUUCCUCCUCUGAAUUCGAGUCCUGGUCCAGUCAAGUGGAGGGGAUAGCAGAAGUCAGAGCCAUGCAUACAGCUUAUGACUAUAUCAAGCAUUUCUGAAGUAUGAAAAUAAAGCGGGUUUUGUGCACUUUUGGAGCACAUUCAUACGUUUUAUACAUUGUAUGUACUGAUUUUUCUUUAGUUUUAUCUGUAUGAGUGCGUGUUUCUGGGUGGUGAUUAAUAAAUACAUGCUGUAGAUGGUACCCUUUGUGCUGCAUCAAACUAGGUGAAGCUAAGCUCUGGGAUAUGAGUUUGUCUCCCAGGCUGCAGAGUUAACGCUUCUAUAAAGCUGGCUACACUAUAUGAUAGGACAGAGUAUCCUAGUUCACAUGGUUAGGAUACAAAGUCUCUACUCCGAACUGUUCCAGAAAGGAUUUUGUUAGCACUGGCCAAGGAUUUUGUUAGCACUGGCCAAUGGCAAGCUUCUUUCUUAUCGUUCCUUUAAAGCCAGGUGGAAUAUUCAUUCUAUAUAACUUCCUAGCGCAAUAAUGAAAGGCCUUUAGGCUUGUUUUUGUCUCUUCUAAUAGCUUCCUGGCUGAGGUGAACAGAUACCUUACCUCACAUGUCUCACAAGACUGCGUGAAUCUGACCUCAGUCAGUUUUUACUUUCACUUGUUUCUCAGUGGUACAUUUAUAUGAAAAUAAGCUUGGUUUCAACUCAAUUUCGUGAUGGCUCAUGGUUUGUAAUUAUUCCAAAUACAGACUCUUUUCUGUAGAUGUCUGAGUGUAAUAUGUUUCAUAGCUUCUGAUCUAUUCCCACUUCAGUGGUGAAAUAAAGGCUACAGCUUUUCCCUGUUUUUGUUAAGGUUAACAGUAAAUGGGAAAACUCUGCUGUGAACAAAGCAGCUCACUCGGUACAGAUCUUGUUUACCUCUCCAUGAGCAUCUAAUUUGGCAAUAAAAUGGUCAUAUUUCUCUUUUCCUAGAUCACUGUAGCAUUUUUUCAUAUAUAAUACUCCUUCUUGGAGUAAGAUCCUUUGUCUCUGAAAAUGUCAUUUCUACCAAGACUUCAGGACCAACUGGGGAAGAGUUAGUUUCUAUGAGAGCAGCUGACUCCUUAUCAGAACUUCAGAGCCAGUGGAAAGAUGGCAGCUGUGAAGCUCCUGUUAUGAACCCAAUUCAAAAGACACUGGUGCUCAGCCUAGGAAACCCUUCCUCUUAAUGCCAAUGGGUUGAUUAUUUCUUUGGAAUUCACAUUUAUUUUACGCAUUGAUUCCUUAUCACACUCCUCUGGUUGCUGUUAUUAAAUAAUAGUGGUGUAUCUUGAACCUUUCUCCAAGCAUGAGGGAGCGAGUUGAAAAGAUUCCUGUUACUUCGUCAUUCCUGGCAGUGCAAGUGAGUGAAAAAUGUGCACUUCUCUCCACUUUGAAUAAUUGUUCAUUGCAGUUAGUUUUGCAAGAUUCCAAGACUGUUCCAUCUAGGGCUUGCUGAUGGGCUCCAUUUUGGCUUUGUACAAAAUACUCUUCCUCAGAUCUCCCUCCCCUACAACAAAAUGUGGUGCCAUAUUGUUAAGGUUUUUGCUGUUCCUCCAAGAACUGUUUAGAUAUCCACUUGUAUCGAUUGUUAUCAACUGUGCAUGCCCACGUAUUCUCACUGCAGCAUCUAGUGUUCUAUUGGGUGGGUUAAUAGCCUAUUUUAAUUUCAGAAAGCUAAAAGGUUUUAAUUCUAUACCAGAGAUUAAAAUUAUGGUCAUGUAGGUGUGGCAAGAGUUAUUUUGUUUGCAUGAUGUUCAGUCUUGGAAUAGUUUGAGGUUCAAAAUUAGACUUCUGUCCUGUCAUGACGGUGCAUGAUUGAACAGAAGUGUGAAACGAAUUUAACAUUAAGGCCUAAUUGUGUGGCCCUUGUUCAGGCAGUCUUCUCGUUGAAGUCACGGUUCAAGGGGAACUUUCCGGUGUAAGGAUUGCAGUAUUGCACUCUUAAACGUUGUCAGUCUUCAUUUGGAAAAAUCAGCUUCAUGAACUUUAAACUGCUCUCCUUCCCCACCUAAAGCCAUAAGGGUGUUUUGAGGAUUUUUAUCAAAUAAUGAAUUUCUGCACACACACAGUUUGGCAAACUAAGUGUUCUUCCCUUCAGUGGUGGAUCUCCGUUUCAAAGCACUAGUUUUUUCUGUACAAAGCAUAGUUUCUUUCCUCUAGAAAAUCUGCUUUCCCAUUAAGUAGGUGGGGGAAAGAAAAGUUAUCCAACACUUGUUUUAUGUGAAAUUUCCCUCUAAAGCCCUUAUGCAUGACUUGGAGGCUAGACCCUUAAAUUACAGCUUGCAAAGAUAGUGAAAGUGAAUCAGUAGCAGCCCAUGCAUUUGGGUUCUGACGUUGAUUCCACUCCCAAUAAAAUAUUGGCUAGAUUAAUUAAAUGACAAAGAUCUGCUUCCCAUAUCAAUAUUCUGGAUCAAGCAGCUGCUGAGGUACAACGUAAGAUUUUUUUUUUCUUUCAGUAUUGUGCACCUUGCAGAGCAGAAUGUGUUGGGGGUGGUUCUAGAAGAGACUUGCUGCACUCUCAGCCACUUUCAUCACCAUGCUGUAUUGUGAUCUGAGUGCCAGACUUUUGUAUGCCUGGGAGGUUGCGAGAGAGAGAGAGAGAAUGAGACCCAGCUUUUUACCUUCUCUUGAAAAAUACUUUCAGCCAAGGCUGCAUUUGCAGACUCCUCCUGUGUAGUUGAUUUGUGACUGAAUGUAACCGUGGCAGUGUAUAAAAGAUUUUGAUAUUCCAUGAAAUUACCAUGUAGAAAUGAAAUUUGAUACUGUAAUAAUUCUGUCUGUGACAUUUUGUGUUUUUAUGUUUUAAUUUCUUCUUUGGGGUUGGCACUAAAUCUUUUUUUUUCUCAAGAUGCUGUGAGAAACAUUUCAUCCAAAUGCCAAAUAAAUGGUGUUCUGUAAGAGAAAUGGACUGUUAA